UGCUUAGACUCGGCGAGCACUAAAUCCAUGACAAAGCACGGGAAUUAGACUCAAGACUCGAUGCAGCCAGCCACAAGUGCGACCAGUUGGUGACUUUGAUACCACAAAUAUGUUCAACCUCAUGUUGCACAUGCACCUUCAUCAGCACCAAAUAUCCAUCAUAAGGUGUAUUUCAACAUUGGCCUAGGGAUAUCGGCACACUAAGCGGAGAGCAAGCCGAGGGGCAGCUACAAUGUCUCUUUAUUUAGCGCGGGGAUGUGCGGCGCCAGCGGCGGGCUAAAGGUGGCUUAUCUCGACUUUUCAUGAUUGAUGUGAUACUGGCGCUGCGGUAGAAACUUAUGCGCUUGAAGGAUUUUGCAAAGUUGAUAGUCAUCCAAUUUGGCUUUCCCUUGAGCGGUAGUCUGUGUAUUCCCGGCGACGGUGGCUCGUGAUGGGAUCGACUGAAGGGGCCAAUGGUUUGGCCCAAGACACAAUUUUGAUCUUGGUGCCAGCUGAACCCAGACAAGAGGUCAUUGAUAGCCUCCAGUCACGAUAUCCUGGCGUAAAAAUCCAUUGGCGGACAGUUUACGGAACACCGAUCACUGUAGAAGACAUACCGAAGACCAUUUGGGACACGGUCACGAUAUUAUGGGGAUUCCAGAUUCCCAAAGAUGCCGUGACGCCGAACCUUCGCUUUGUGCAGUUGAGCUCAGCAGGUGCUGAUCAUUGGGCAUCGAAUCCCCAUUACCAAGACCCAAAUGUCGUAUUUUGCACCUCCAAUGGCGCCCAUCCCCCCCAGAUAGCCGAGUGGGUAAUAGGAAGCUGGCUUUCUCAUCAACAUCAAUUUCUCAAGUUCAGCAACUAUAUGAAAGAAGGAUAUUGGGAGCCACUCUUCCAGAGCACUUUCCAAGACUCUUGGGGCCUUCGAAUGGGGGUCCUUGGAUACGGUGCGAUCGGGCGACAGUGUGCCAACCUCGCAAAAGGAUUGGGCAUGGACGUGGUGGCGUAUACGGCUCAUGAAAGACCAACAUCAGAGUCGAAAAAGGACGAUAGCUACUGCGUGCCCGGCACUGGAGACCCAGACGGACUUAUUCCAUCCAAAUGGUUUCAUGGGACGACUCAAGAAACCCUCAACAACUUCCUAAAUCAGGACCUGGAUAUUCUGGUCGUUUGCCUCCCGCUGACACCUUCGACGAGAAACAUGAUAUCCAAACCGCAGUUUGAGAUCCUGGCGAAGAAGAAGACUUUUCUGAGUAACAUCGCCCGAGGUGGGCAUGUGAACACCGAGGAUUUGAUUGAAGCACUAGAGAAAGGCAUGAUUAGAGGAGCAGCUGUGGAUGUGACUGAUCCAGAGCCGCUCCCCAAGGAACACCCACUAUGGAAAGUACCAAACCUCUUGAUCACCCCUCAUGUUAGCUGGGUGUCAACGAACCACUGGAGUCGACUGUACGCCAUCUUUGAACAUAACCUUGGAGUGGUUGCCAGCAACAAGGGGAAAUUUGUGAACCAAGUCAACAAACAGCGACAUUAUUAGUGUUAGCAUCGGUCAGGUAUUUGAGAGGUCAUGACCUUGUUGGGCUGUAUAGAUAUUUUGAUAUAGAGAUGACAUAAAUUAUAUAUAUCGACAAGCAUAAGAGGCUGAA